AUGGCGGAGAGUUAAUGGUGUAAAGAAGAAAUCGAUCCGGUAGAGAGGUACAUCUGCUCGACUCCAUCGACAAGCCAAGAUAAGACCACACCCCCGUAGCGAGGGGGAGGAUCAGAUCGUCCGUCAUCUCGGCGCCGUCACAAGGUGCUGAUAUGUGUGCACGAUGAGCGGACUGGGGGAGAACUCCAUGGAGCCUCUGAGUUCAGAAAGCCGGAAACGCAAGCUCUCCACUUGUGACACGCCUAGUCUGGGGUGUGAGAGGAGGCGGCGGGAGCAGGAGAGCAAAUACAUCGAGGAGCUGGCGGAGCUGAUCUCUGCCAACCUCAGCGACAUUGACAACUUCAACGUCAAGCCCGACAAGUGCGCCAUCCUCAAAGAGACGGUGCGCCAGAUCCGCCAGAUCAAAGAGCAGGGAAAAGCCUCGUCCAGCGAUGACGACGUGCAAAAGUCAGACGUGUCCUCCACGGGUCAGGGGGUCAUCGACAAGGACCACCUGGGGCCGCUCCUGCUGCAGGCUCUGGACGGCUUCCUGUUUGUGGUGAACCGGGAAGGCAGCAUCGUGUUUGUGUCCGACAACGUGACACAGUACCUGCAGUACAAACAGGAGGAGCUCAUCAACACCAGCGUCUACAACAUCCUCCACGAGGAGGACAGGGAGGAGUUCCACAAGAACCUGCCCAAGACCAGUGUAAAUGGAGUGUCGUGGGGAGGUGAGGCAGCGCGACAGAAGAGCCACACCUUCACCUGCCGGAUGUUGGUCAAGUUUGGCCACGCCCACGGCCCCAUGGAGGAGGGGCCAGGAGGCCCUCGCUAUGAGACCAUGCAGUGUUUUGCCCUCACCCAGCCCAAAGCCAUGAUAGAGGAAGGCGAAGACCUUCAGUCAUGUAUGAUCUGUGUGGCUCGUCGUGUGACCGCUGUGGAGAGAACCGAGAGUUUCAACACCAGGCAUGAGCUCUCAGGAAAGUUGAUCCAGAUUGACCAGAACUCGUUGCGUGCCUCCAUGCGUCCGGGCUGGGAGGAUUUGUUGAGACGUUGCAUUCAGAUGUUCCUUCAGCACAGCGAUGGACAGCCCUGGUCACACAAACGCCACUACCAUGAGGCCUUCCUGCAGGGUCAUGCUGAGACACCCCUGUACCGCUUCUCUCUGUCCGAUGGCACCCCAGUAACAGCCCAGACCAAGAGCAAACUCUACCGUCACCCAAUGAGCAACGAGCCACAAGGCUUCAUCUCCACUCACUUACUCCAGAGGGAACCAAAUGGCUAUCGCUCAGCACAGGGUGGUGGCAUGAUGCAGAAUGCUAUGAGGCAGCAGAGCAUGGGCGGCCCCAAUCCAAAUUCCCAGAUGAACAUGAACACCGGCGGGGCAAUGGGCAUGGGAGGUAUGGGUGGCAUGAACAGGGGGUUUGGCAUGAAUGAGCAGGGCCACAUGAGCCACAUGGGUCCAAUGGGAGGCGGUUCUAUGUACGGAGGGAACGGAGGAGGAGGAAGCGGAGGUGGAGGCAUGGGAAACCGCAUGAUGCAGAUGAAUCAAAUGGGACAAAUGAAUCAGAUGGGGCACAUGAAUCAGAUGAAUCAGAUGGGUCCAAUGAAUCACCCAGGCCAAGGCAUGCAGCAGCACCCACAACAGCCCCCAUUUCAGAGCAGUGGUGGGUUUGGUUUGGGUGGUAUGAACAGCCCCUCAGGAAGCCCCCGAAUGGGUGGCCCUCAACAGGGACUCCUGAUGUCACCCCGGAACCGAGGGAGCCCAAAGAUGGGUGCCAGCCAGUUCUCUCCUGGUGGCAUACACUCUCCAAUGAGUGGCAUUGGCAGUGGCGGAGGAAGUGGGGGAAGCACCACCACCUUCUCCAGCAGCUCUCUCAACGCCCUGCAAGCCAUCAGUGAGGGAGUAGGGAGCUCCCUCCCUUCCACCCUCACAUCCCCCUCGCCAGCCCACAAACCAGACAGCUCCCCCAGUGUCCACUCAUCCUCCUCAUCUUCCCAGCCCAGUCAGCCGGCUAAGCCAGGUCAAGAUGGCUCCAAAAGCCCAGCAGGAAGUUUGGGAUCAGGGCCUGGUGAUCACCACCACCCCAUGCACCAUCAUCACCACCAUCAGCAUCCCCAGGCUGAGAGUUCUGGGGACCGACCAGACAGCCAGGCCACUACAGCGACUAAAGAGGCUGGAGAGGGAAGUAGUGAGGCGGGGGCGGCCAGCUCAGAACCCCCUCGGAGGGUGCCAGACAGCAAGGGUCAUAAGAAAUUGCUGCAGCUGCUGACUUCCCCAACUGAGGAGCUGGGAAUGGGUGGCAGCGGGCCAACUGGGCCUCCUAUACCGCCCCCACCAAACGGCAGCAACACUCCUGCAGGCUCAGACAGUAAGGACCCCACUGGAGGCAUGACUAGCCCGUCAUCUACAGGCGUCUCAUCCUCUUCCUCAGCCACCAAUUCAGGCCAGGCUACAGGGCCAGGGGGCGUGUCAGCAGCACUGUCAUCAGCCCACUACACAGCCUCACUGCAGGAGAAGCACAAGAUCCUCCACAAGCUUCUUCAGAAUGGCAAUACCCCAGAUGAGGUGGCCAAGAUCACAGCUGAGGCCACAGGGAAGGUGUCAUUAGGGAGCCAGGAGGGAGGUGAGGCUGGAGGAGGAGGUCCAGUCCCAGGGGCUGGGACCGGGGCAAUCACUGAACCAAAGCAGGAGCAGCACAGUCCCAAGAAAGAGAAGACCCACGCCCUCCUCCACUACCUGCUCAACAAGGAUGAUUCCAAAGAGCCAGUUGAUGUCAAGCCCAAGCCAGAAGAGCUGGAUGGAAAGGGACCCCCGGGGGCCGCUGGCGGCCCUCCAAGGAGUGGCCCUGGAUCCGGCCCUGGCCCCACACAAGAACAUCCUGAGAGCAAGAUCAAAUCUGAACCACCUGACGAGCUGGAGAAUCUGGAGUCUAUCUUGGGAGGCUUGAGGGGUUCUGGCUCAGACUUCUACCCUGAUCAGGCUGGAGGUGGAGGGGCGAAUGACGUAGGAAGCAAACCCCAGGGUUGCCUUGACGACAGCCUGCAGGGGAGUCCAGGGAUGGGUCCAGGGCCUCGCGGGCCUUUCCAGAGGGCCAUGUCCAUGGAUGGGAAGCCCCCCAGUGGACCAGGAGGAGCGGGGAGACGCCCCAUGCUUAUCAAGCAGGAGAAUAUGAUGGGCAGCCCAGACGGUUAUCCCGGGAACAUGGGUGUGUGUCCUAGAGCCACUGGAACAAGACCAAUGAACAGGGGCAUGGUUCCCCAGAGGUCUCCCAUGGGAGGGUCAGGGGAGUGGGGGAUGCCCCGUUCCAGUGCCAGCCCCGUGGGCUCAGCAGGACACCCCUCCAUGAUCCGUCCAGGCAUGGAUUAUAACAGCGGGAAGGGCAUGAUGGGAGGACCCAUGGUCAGUCGCUCCAACAGUGUACCUGGCACCAGGUCUAUGCUGCAGCAACAGCUCAUGGAUAUGGGUGGCUCUGGGGACAUGGGCAUGGGUAUGAGCCCUUUCAGUCAGCAGGGUCAGCCCAACCAAUCCCCCUCCUGGCAGGACACUGUGAUGGGCAUGGAGGGUAACAGACGUCAGUUUGGCAACACCUUGGAUGAGCUCCUAGUGCCACCCACCACCAGUGAGGGUCAAAGUGAUGAGCGGGCGCUAUUAGACCAGCUGGACUCUCUGCUAAACAACACGGAUGGCAUCGCUCUGGAGGAGAUAGACCGUGCCCUGGGUAUCCCUGACCUCGUUAGCCAGAGCCAAGGAGCAGAGCAGCAACUGGAGCCUUUUCCAGGACAGGACCCCUCCAUGGUCCUUGACCAGAAGCCUCUUUAUGGACAGGGCUACCCCGGACCGCCUGCCAUGGCCAUGCAGUCCGCCUAUGGGGGGAACCCCAUGCAGGGCCAGCCCCAGCAGGGUGGCUUUGGGCCCAUGCUGUCCCAGAUGGGCCAGGGCGGCAGCUUCCCUGGCAUGGGUGGAAUGGGUGGCAUGGGACACCCCCGUGCAAAUUUGAUGAGACCCAGGAUGAUGAGUGCCAACAAGCCCAUGAGGCUCCAGCUGCAGCAGAGACUGCAGGGACAGCAGUUCAUGAAUCAGACACGGCAGAGCAUGGCCAUGAAGAUGGAGAACCCAGGAGGCAACCCUGGCAUGAGGCCGGGCAUGCAGCCUGGCAUGGGAGGCCAGCCUGGCUUCCUGAAUGCUCAGAUGAUGGCUCAGCGCAGCAGGGAGAUGGUCACCAUGCAGAUGAGGAGGCAGAGGAUGAUGAUGCUGAUGCAGCAGCAGCAACAGCAGCAGGCGGCGGCGGCUGCUGCAGCGGGAGGAUUCAGCCCCCCUCCGAAUGUCACGGCCCCCGGUGGCAUGGACAAUCCUAUGGGAGGACCCAACAUGGGCCAACCUGGACCCCAGCAGUUUGGCUAUGGUGGGAGCUAUGGAAUGGGCCAGCAGGGUGAUCCUUCAUUUGGACCAUCAGGUGGCAGUCCUCCAAAUGCCAUGAUGUCAGGCCGCCUGGGGCCUCAGAACCCCAUGAUGCAGCAGCACCCGCAGGGCGGCCCCAUGUACCAGAGCGCAGACAUGAAAGGCUGGUCGCAGGGGAGCGUGGGGCGCAACAGUUCAUACCCCCAACAGCAGUUUGGGCAGCAGGGAGCCCCGGGACAGCAGCAGUUUGGGCAGCAGGGGAAUCCAGGCCAGUAUGGGGUCAUGAUGAUGAACGGGGGCAUGCCAGCCGGCGGAGGAGGGGGCCACAUGGGCCAGAUGGGGGGGCAGAUGGGCAUGAACCCAAUGGUGAUGGGACGCAUGCCUAUGGGGCCUGAUCAGAAAUAUUGCUGAACAUUGUGACUGAAGCAUUUAUGACUCACUGUGAUCCUCAUUCAGAGAAAAGACAUGUCUGCAGCGCUGGAGUGUGUGAAGUACCAGGCGGCGUGUGUCUGUGUGUAGUGUUGCACUCCCACCAGUUGGGGGCGUGCCCUUCCUUUGGACUUGAGGACAGUAAUGGCAGUCUCUCAGCCUGAGGAAAACAGACCCAUACACACUCAUUCGUACAGCAUCCAUGGAUAUACACAGCGUUCAUAAAAAUAAGAGACACUGUGACACAUGUUUACCCAUAAACACACACAAACCCUAAGACAACUCUGUAAUUCCUCUCUUAGACUUGAUGUAGUUCGAUAUUCCUCUCUUUAUGAGUCGGGUGUGCCUCAGUCGACACACACCACUCGCUGGACCAAACAGAACGGAGGCGGACACACACUUCGUGGACCAUGGACUUGAACACGGACAAACAUGUAAAGAAAUCCUUUCCUUUUGUCGAAUGUACCAUGAAGCUGUGGUCAAAUUUUCAACAUGGGAAUCCUCUCUUGUUUCUGAAUUUCGUGGGAUUUUUUUUUUUUUAGCCAGUAUCUCAGUGCUACUCCUGGAGGAUCUCUGUGAACAGAAGCCUCGCGGUGUACAGAAAUACACACGUUUAGUGAUGACGUGCCAUCAGGUUGUGGCACUCAGAUGAAUGUGAUUAAACAGUAGCACAUCAACGGUCCUCCAGGAUGCUGUUGGCUGGUACGACUGAAUAACUUGUUGGCUGUGAUUGCACUUUAAGGAGAGGCCAUCAUCAAAAAGGAUUGUGGCAAUAUUUCAUGGUCAUAGAGGCCUUUACCCAAGAAUUAACGCAUAGCAGCAAACAUUACUGUUUAUUUUUGUGUGUUUUCCGAAUUUCGUCUCUGAGAAUUGGGGGCUGUUGAUUGGAAACUGGGUAACAAUGAUGGUCUUUGUUCUAAAUUGGCAACCAGUGGAAAGGCAGUAAGCACAGAUUUUAUUCAAUGCUCUCUCCUACAGUGUUCUGAUUUAUUAUAGGGAGAUAAGCUUCAAUUUAUAAAGCCCUUUUAAAGAAAAAACGCUCUUAAAACGAACAGACCUCACGAUGUGCAAAAUUUCAAUAAUUUUAAAUUUUUCUUAACACAUAAUGUCGCAGAUAUUUUGGUUACCGUGUACCGAUUUACAAGGUUACCAGUGCAGAAAUGAAAUUGGUUGCCAAUUGUGAAAUUGAUGCCUAUAGUAAUUCACACUGUAAAAGAAAGUGUUAGAUUUUAAUGUAGGUAUGCAGAUUUCUAGCAAUAAUCCUUCCUCUUGGCUUUCCUCUGAGGACAAAGUUGACGCAUCAUUUACUCAAAGUGACGGUACUGCAGUAUUAGAUAUAAUGUCCUGAUUGGAGUUUUUUCCUUUUGUCUGUGAAUAUGAAUUGUAAAUAGGCUUCAAAUGUAUUAUAUAUAAAUAUAUAUGCUUUUGUAGGUCACAUACUGUUUUUGCACAGAUUGUAAGGCUUGAUAUUUAAAGUGUAAUUUUCUUAAUCUGUCAUAGGUCAGCUUUUAUUUUCAAUACUUCAACCGCAGGUGAAAAGGAAGGGCCUCCUUUUGAACCGAUACAUGUAGAUUUCUUUUGGAGAGUUAAUACUGCCACUUUCAUUUUCCCAGAAAGCACUUUUUUUAUUUGUGAUCUUCAAAUCAUGAAUUUCUCUUUUUUCUUUCUUUUUUUUUCUUUUUCAAAGAUAUAGUCUUAGUUAUAGAGGUGCUAGUGAGUGAACAUGUAAUUUUUUAUAAAUUAAUUUUUUUGGACAAAAAAACAAAACAAAAAAACAAAAAAAACAAAAACAAAAACACAAAAGAUGCCUAUAUAAAAGAGUUGACACAUGAUUGUGUUAGGCUUCUAGGGGCCCAGGUGUCUUACCAGUGUGUGGGUUGAUAUUUCUAGACCUGAACCUCAUGCUUCCAUGUGUGACUUGAGUUUCAUUCCUGAGAUUUCUGUGCUUUGUAUUUUGCUAUUUGAUAGUGACUUGACAAUACUGAUCAUGCUAUCAGUCGUAAAAACAAAUCUGCUCUUUCAGCCCCAGUCGGAGGGUUUUGAAUCAGACAUGAGACUAUGGACAUCAGUCCUACCGCUUAACUGUCCAUAAAUCUCGUUUUGCUAAUCCUAAUGGAAGCAACACAGCAAGAGGGUAUUAAUUACAUGUCGGUCUCUUGACAGGCCAUGUUGGAUAUUUUACAUCAUUCUUGUCGACAUAUGAGUUUGCCUUUUAUUUUAUUUUAUUUUUCAUUCAUAUUUUCUGUGAAGCUUUUGUUGCGAAAUCUACCUUUGAAGACAUGCUCAAUCCAAAGAUUUUUGUUUGUCAUUCUGCAGUGCUUAGAAACAGUUUCUGACGUAGAUGGUGCAAAGUACUCGUGUGUGCAUUUUACUGUUGCACAUAACGUAUAAUACACAUUGAACUAAAUAUGUUUAAUUGCAUAUAUUAUAUUCCCAUCCUUAUGGCAUAGUUGAGGUGGUUUGACUUUAUUUGUUUGUGAUUGUUUUCUUCCUUUCUAUCGAGCUCAUGGCCAGUUGAAUUGUGGUGCUGGAAAUGGUUAUUCACAAGAGAAUGUUAAGACUUUCCAAGCUGUUUUAAGGAAUAGGGAGGGGGUUCAUGAUUGAUGUCAUUCUGUCUCAGAAUAAUAGCUUGGAGUUGUUGUUUUUUUUUUUUAGUCUCAAUGAAGAAUAUGAAAAAGAUUAAUCAACAACUAUUCAGAAAAAAACUGUUCUGUGUUUUGCUUUAAAGGAGAAAAAACUCCCCUCAAUGCAUUGUUAGAUCUAAUGAAAAGAGGUAAUGAAAAUAUAAUACAUGGGGGAAAUAUACAGUCAUUAUUACAGGAUGUAAAUUACUAUUGCAUUUUUUUCUUACCUUGUUUCUUGAUGUUAAUAUUGAUGUAAAUACAAAUUUAUAUUUAA